AUGCAAUGCUCUUGGGCAUUUGUCUUGGUACUGAGCAUCUGCGUCCAUUUGGGAGCAGGUCACGCAGUGGAUAGGAGUUGGGAACUACCCAAAGUUCGUAUAACUUUGGGUGACCUCAGCCAUAUCUGCUUGGAUCGUCAGGAGGGCGAUUUGGUGCCCCAUCCGCUGGAUUGCAAUGGAUACUUUUCCUGCGCACGCAUUCCCACCCUCCAUUAUUGCGAUCAGGACCUAUAUUUCGAUGGUAAUCGUGGGAUCUGCGAUUUGCCAGAGAGUACCAACUGUCGGCAAAGUGAUUUGCCCGCAUCCCCUGUAGAAACCCAAGCUAGCCCCGUGGAUAACUCCGAGCUUAUGUGGUGGCCAGAUAAACCAAGGCCAAUCUUCGUGGCCGUCGAUGUGGCCAGUGGUCUGCCGGUCAAUCCCAUGGAGAAGUACGAUCCGGAGCGUAUCGAGUGCCGCCAUUAUGGAGCCUAUUUCCUGCCGCAUCCCAGAAAUUGUGGAUUGUACUUCAUCUGUGCCUACGGCCAUCUGCACCGUCAUCAGUGUGGGCGUGGCACCUCGUGGAAUUUCGAAAAGUCCGAGUGUCAGUUGAGCGAUCAGGCAGUUUGCUAUGGAGAGAGCAGGGUUUCAGAACCAGUUACUAAUGUGGAUAUGGUCGUGGAAGACACCACGCCGAGCAGUGGGGCGCCAAUAACAGUGUGCUAUAUAGUCGGAUCGAGUGAGUUCAGCACGAUCCAGCAACUCCUCACCACUGAGUUGGUUCCUGCAACACUGCCCACUCCACCUUCCCCACCUCGAACUGAGUUCACCGCUCUGACUUGUCCUUCCGCCAAGCAGAGCUAUAUGUCCCAUCCGGAGGAUUGCAGCAAGUACUACAUCUGCAUCGGUGGGAUGCCCGUGGUCACAUCCUGUCCAAAGGGCCUCUUCUGGGAUCAGAAGUUGGGCUACUGCGAUAUGGAAAAGAAUGUCAGGUGUUUCCAGAAGUGA